AUGCAGAAAACGCCUUCAUCUGCCGAAAGGCCUUCCGCUCUGAAGAGAGCAAUGUCUGGAUUUAUGAAGAAAACCUCUAUCCAGCCCCUCACCCAGCUUGACGGAGGGAACUUGUCGAGUAUCAGUCCGUCCGAUCCGAUUUCAAGCAGGGAGCACCGCCGAGAAUCCGUCAGGAGAAUGUCUGGGACUAUCAACUCCUCCCCAACAACUAGGUCGAAUAGCCCUCCGUCCCCUAGUUCUCCAGCGGAUGGCAAGUCACGUCCUCCGUCGCAAGCCGGGGAGCCAACUCAUGCGGACUUUUUUGCCAACAGUAGAAAGAAGAAUCGUUCAUCGACUGGAUUUGGAUUGCGAGACAAGUUCUCGAGUUCCAAGAACAGACACUCGGGAUCCAACGAGAAGGAUAGCCUUCAGCAAGCUCGCCGCUCCAGUCGUGCAACUAGUGUCGACCUCGAAUCGGCACCUCUUGAAAUUGCUCCACCAGUAGAUGCGAAUGGUGCUCAACUUCCGGCUCGAGAAAUAUGGCCCACAAUAGCCGAGAUUGGCACUGGGGUGAAGGCUCGCAGGAUGAGCUUGAGUCUGCCCGAUGAUUUUGUGGUAGAGGUUGGAGACUUGUAUUCUGAAUAUAGUGACCAGAACAAACUUGGUCUGCGAGGAAAGACACUCGGGAAGGGUGCCACUGCCAACGUUAGACUGGUCAUCAGGAAGGGCCACUCAUCCGAGCUGUAUGCCGCUAAGGAGUUUCGCAAGAUGUCCACCAAGGAAGAAAACGAGGAGUAUGAGAAGAAGGUAAAGUCUGAGUACACGAUCGCAAAGAGCCUUCACCAUCCCAACAUCGUGGAGACAUAUCGCUUAUGUACCCACAAUGACCGCUUCACCCAAGUAAUGGAGUUCUGUAGCGAGGGCGACAUGUUCAAUUUAGUCAGCCAGAAAUACUUAUCCAAAGAGGACCAUCUUGUGGACCGCGUUUGUUUCUUCAAGCAGCUAGUUCAGGGCCUUAAUUAUCUUCACAAGAACGGAAUCGCUCACCGAGAUGUCAAGUUAGAGAAUAUCUUGAUUACCAAGGAUAGUAAGCUCAAGAUCACCGAUUUUGGUGUCUCUGAGGUCUUUGCUGGCCAACACCCUGGUUUAAGAUCGGCUGGAGGUCAAUGUGGAAAGGAAAUGGGAGAAGUGCGUUUGUGUGCUCCUGGAAUGUGUGGUAGUGCCCCAUACGUCGCUCCAGAAGUGAUUGCGAGGAUAGAUGAGUACGACCCACGUCCACUGGACGUCUGGGGAGCUGCCAUCGUAAUGCUUUGCAUGACCGCCAAUGGCGUAUUAUGGCAAGAAGCCAAACCAGGAAGCUCACCGAGAUACGACGACUUGGUUCGUGGAUGGGAAAAAUGGAACGGGAAGCAUGUCGAAGACGCCACGAUCACCGAGAUGGACUACCCCAAUGUCUCCUUCUUGGACCGGUGUAUCAACCCGCCGGCUUUGAGACGUUUGCUACUUACAAUGCUGAACCCCAACCCAGUAAAACGUGCCUCGAUGGCUGCCGUUGCGAAGAACAGGUGGCUUAAGAAUGCAGAGUGUUGUCAACCUAAUAGCAACGACGAUCCAGCUCAGACCAUCGACGCUUCGAAGUCGCGGACUAACUUGAAGAAUCUGGUAAAGGUUGUUCACCACAAUCAUCUUCCUCCACAUCAACACUUCGGUCACAAGCUUGUGCGCCUCCCCGGCUCCACUGACAUGUAA